GAGACAGAGAGAGAAGUCUACAGUCACAAAUCAGUGAGACAUCUUGUGAACGGGCGUCACAUACAGAGAGACAGAAGCCUACAGCUACAAGUCAGUGAGACAUCUUGUGAACGGGCGUCGCAUACAGAGAGAGACCGAAGCCUACAGCUACAAGCCAGUGAGACAUCCUGUGCACAAGCGUCACAUACAGAGAGAGACCGAAGCCUACAGCUACAAGCCAGUGAGACAUCCUGUGAGAGGCCGAGAACACUGGACAGACGCACUUGGCUUUACUAGAGAGGAUGUGGAAAGCUUCUGUAGGACACAAGGUGAAUGUAUCAGCCGAAGCAGCAGAUGACUGGGAAACAGAUCCUGAUUUUGUGGUAAGUUUUUAUAUUUAUAGAGAAGAAGCAGAGAACACAACCAUUGACAUUUUAUGCUCUCACAACAGUAGAGGAGAUUACCUAAGGACUGUACCGGGUGAAACAAGUGGCAAGGAAUAUGAAGCUAUGCAACUUAAACAAAUGAAAUGGGAACUGCAUGCCAACACGUUAGCAGAAUACUAUCGUGUCAAAAGAAUUCCCAGAGGGCUACGAAUGAAUACUCGCCCCACUCUAUUAAGCAACAAUAAAAUCUACUGCGAUAAGUUUGAGGCUAUUCUGAAUAAGUGUUCAUACGAUUUAAUCGUAUGGACUGUGGAAUGCUUACAGACGGAGAUGGAGUUGCAGGAGGUGAACAUAAAAAAAUGCAAGGAUGAUUUACAGACCUGUUUGUCCAAUGAUGAAUUUCAGGAGAUGGAGAAAAGGAUCGCUACUAUGAUUGCGGAGGAACAGAAAGCCAUAAAAGAAACAAAAAGGGCAAAGUUCAUCCGUGACGAAGAGGACUACCGCCUGGGUCGAGUAUACCGCUGGAUCGAGCAACAGCGAGUGCAGCAUCGGGUCCACCGGGGCAGCAAGAAACACCGCCGCUACAAGGGGAAACUCGAUCCGCAGAUCCAACCGGAAGAAAGCGCCAAAGAAAGUGCUCUUGGACAUGAGUAUAAGGCUGAACCUGAGAAACAUUCCUCACAAACUGAUGCGUCCAAGGGUUUUGGUGGUAAAUAUGGAGUGCAAAAGGACCGUACUGACAAGUCUGCAGUUGGAUUUGAGUAUAAAACUCAGUUACAGCAGCAUUCCUCCCAGCAAGAUCAUUCGCAAGGAUUUGGGGGUAAAUUUGGCGUACAAAAGGAUCGACAAGAUAAAUCUGCUCACAGCUGGAAUUAUAAGGAAGAAUUACAACCUCACCAAUCACAGACAGAUUAUUCUCAAGGAUUUGGAGGUAAAUUUGGUGUGCAGAAGGAUCGCCAAGAUAAAUCUGCUCACAGCUGGAAUCAUAAAGAGGAAAUUCAUCCUCAUCAAUCACAAACUGAUUGUGCCAAGGGGUUCGGAGGCCGCUAUGGAGUUCAGACUGACCGUGUUGACAAGUGUGCAUCUGGUUUUGGGGACAUAGAAUCGCCAACAUCAGCUUACCAGAAGACCCAACCAUUAGAAGCCUUGACCAGUGGGGCUCAAGACCUGAGAUCUCGCUUUGAGAAUAUUGCUCGAACAGCAGAGGUGGAAAAUAAGCUGAGAGCCGAGGAAGAGAGAGUGAGACGGCAGAAGAGAGAAAAACAAGAGCUGGACCAUCAACAUAAUAAUGUGCCUGUUGUGACGCCCAGCGAGUGUCCUGCUCCAGUCCCCAGGCCUCGUGUGUCUGUGUUUGCCGCGCAGGAACAUGCUGCCCCGCAGAUUACUUUAGAUCAAGAACAUGAAGCUCCACCUGUGGUACCCCCCAAAUGCUUUAUUGUUGAGGAGCAGUUUCAACCUCCCCCAUCUGAGAUCUUUACGGAUGAAGCAGAGUAUGAAGCCAUUCCAUCACCCAACAAUGAAAUAGAUGAAGAGUAUGAAGCUGUUCCAGAUCUUCCACCCAGAGCAGAAUUGGAAGAGAGUGAGACUUAUGAGAAGAUUUUGGAAGCUCCUGUGAGGGCUGAGGAUGUACUGUAUGAAGAGCUGCAGAAUAGUGAUGCUGAAGCGGUCAUGAAAGGGCCAUCUUUCCAAUCUGGUCAGGUGGGAGCUACAGGAAUUUCUGCCCUGGCAAUUUAUGAUUAUGAAGGAAGUGGGGACGAUGAGAUUUCCUUCCAGCCGGCGGACCUGAUCACAGACAUAGAGAUGGUGGAUGAGGGCUGGUGGAGUGGAACCUGUGGAGGGCGCCGUGGGCUGUUCCCUGCUAACUAUGUGCAGCUUGUACAAUAAUCAUGUAUCAUGUGUGCAACAAAGGAACACUGUCAGCUUCCUUACAGGCCGCAGCUUUUUUUCUAGGGACAUGACCCAGCAACUAUACACUCCCGCACUCUUUAUUAUAGGGAUUUGACCCAUCGACUAUACACUCCCGUAGCGACUAUACUGUUGGUAUAUACCAGGGUUAUAAUACAAUUUACUUAUUAUUAUUCUUACUAAAAUAACCUCCAACUAAAAUGUAUACAAAACAAUUGAAAUAAAUAUUUAUUCCUAAAUUCUUAGAUUAGUUAGCCUUAUAAACACAUUGAAUCAUAUUUAAGUAGAAACUAGAAUAGAUUAUGAAUCAACUAUACAUGCUUAUGCCGUUAUAAUAUUCUUUAUAAGGUAAACCAAAAAUAUAUCUUACUUACAAUGAAUCACAUUAAAAUAUCACUAUAAAGUACCAGAAUCUUUUUAAAUUAGCCAAUAACUCUAAUUCAUUGCCCAAUAUGGAUUACAAGCUUACUCUGCUUAAUUUACAACAAUCAGAGAUUUAAAUACAAUAACCAAUUUUGAAAUAUCUCACAAUAGCUCCAAAUAACUUAAUAAACACCAGAGAGAUUUACUUACAAUAAUAAGCCUGACUUAGAGAUAUGAAAUACAAAACACCUUUAUCUAGCAAAUAAGAUUACUUAGCAUCAAUAUGACUAGUUCUAAACUACACAGGAUUAUGAACAUGAACUUAAAAUACAAAGUGCCCUUUUAAACCACCAGCUUCAAUUAAACUAUAGCUAUAGAAUACCUUUGAUGUAAAUAUUAUAUAUACUUAACAAUUGCUUAUACUUUACCAGAUAACAAAAUGAAUGCUCAGCUUCUUCUGAUAAGUACAGUUCACUUCAUAAAUAAUAAAGGUAUUUGCAAUUUAGAGAAUAAAAGAUUUAGGCCCAAUGUUGCUUUCUGUAAACCAAGGCAGCAAGAUAAGUCAGAGAGUUUAAACUCAGCAGCAUGAUCCUUUUUUUCCUCUGUGCAAGCGACUAUAUCAUGUGAUAAGUCCCACAUUUUUAUACGCUCUUGAUAGGCCCUUAACGAAUCUUGUCUGUGAUAGGUCCUUCGAGCCAAACAUUUAAUUGUCUUAUUGGGAACAUAUGGUUAUUUGAUACUAUAAUUCCCUUUGGUUGUAAUUCUUGCAUAAACCACUAGAUGGUAGCAGACAAACAGAAAUGCAGUCUUACUAUCAAAUACUAUUAACAGUACAUACAGAUUCUUAUAUAUAUUCAAAUGUAUAUUUAGUAUAUUCACUAUUUCUUGAUUUUAGCAAAACCUGUCUGGUCACAUAUAUGUCCCAUCUAAUAUGAUUUAGCAUGUAUUUAUAGAUACUAAACAUAAGCAUAUCUCUAGUAAUUUUUUAAACUGCAUUUAAAAAUCACAUUUUCCAUGAAAGGAUUUAAAAGGAUCACAAUACCUUCAGCAUGGAUCUAGCUAAUAUCUCAGUUAUCAUCUUAAUAUCACAUACAUACCUUGAGAUUAGCAAUCAGUUGUAAUUUCUAAAAAAUUCUAUAUUUAUAUUGGAUUAUUUUCCCAUACCAAUAUCAAUAUUGCAUAUAUGUAUAUCUCUUGCUGAGUGUAUAAAAACAUAUGAUAAAAUUUACAGCAACAAUUAAAUAUGCACUUAUUAGAUGCCUUUACAGUUGCAUUUUUUAUGAGGGACUAGUAGUAUAAAUCAAUAAAAUAUAAAUGUUUAUCUGA